GGUCUCCCUCCGCCUGCGUGACCCUGACGCUCAGUGGCACGUCUGUGACGUCACUGGGCCAAGGGCGGAAGCAGAGCGUGGAGGAAACAACAAGCAGCUUAAGGGAGAUUGGAGGCUUGACUGAUUUUUCUGUCACAAUGGAUCUGCUGUUUGGACGCCGAAAGACCCCGGAGGAGAUGCUGCGGCAAAAUCAGCGGGCACUGAACCGUGCCAUGCGAGAGCUGGACCGUGAGCGGCAAAAACUGGAAGGCCAAGAAAAGAAGAUAAUUGCUGACAUCAAGAAAAUGGCCAAACAGGGACAGAUGGAUGCAGUGAAGAUCAUGGCAAAAGACCUAGUACGAACACGGCGCUAUGUCAAGAAAUUCAUCAUGAUGCGGGCCAACAUCCAAGCAGUGUCUCUCAAAAUACAGACCCUCAAAUCUAACAACUCGAUGGCUCAGGCAAUGAAAGGUGUUACCAAAGCCAUGGCGACCAUGAAUAGACAGCUCAAAUUGCCCCAGAUCCAGAAGAUUAUGAUGGAGUUUGAGAAGCAAUCGGAGAUCAUGGACAUGAAGGAGGAAAUGAUGAAUGACGCCAUCGAUGAUGCCAUGGGAGAUGAGGAAGAUGAGGAGGAAAGGCACGUGCUUGUGUGCAUGUGCGAGUGGCAGCACCAGUGUUUGCACAUGCGCAUGAGAGCGAGAGCGCCUGCACAAGCACGCGCAGGCACAAACAGCCUUUGUGGGGACCUGCCUUCGACUGGCGGUUCUCUGAGCAUAGCAGCAGGGAAGAAAGCCGAGGCCUCAGCUGCUCUCGCGGAUGCCGAUGCCGACUUGGAGGAACGGCUAAAGAACCUACGGCGGGAUUAGUGGACCCACAGUUUGGCACCCCUCCCCUGCCAGGGUUUAGCCUCUUAAAACACUGUUGAUAUUGAGAUGAUCUUUGCUUUAGCAAGGAGUGGAGCCUUGCAGCUUUUUGAGGGGUAGGUGAUGGCAAGUGGCUUAAGGCAAGGACAGGGGUUAAAAUGGAGUGAUGCAAGUCUCAUAUUUUCCGCUCCACUUCCUUUUAAAAGGACUUUAAAUGCCACUUGCUGAGGUAGGGGUGGGUAAACGGGUUUUCUUCUUUUCCUGUAUCUUCUACAUGCCUCCGUUCCACAAGCCUCGGAGGUGUUAGCUCCUUGCCGAAUGAAGGGCGGGCGUGGGGUGACAAUAGCCUCAUGUAAUCCCUGCCCGUUCCUCAGUUUUCUCAUAUUGACGGGAAGAAGGUGGAUGGGGGAGAGAAAAGAUGUGACAGUCAGCACCUUGGUUGACACCUCCUGCCCCUGUGAAGGUGGCAAGAGAUGUUCCAGCACUUUCCAGGCCUAAAGCUUUAUGUUUGGCUCAGCCUCCUGGAGACAGGAGUGCCUCAUCAUUGUGUCUGUCUCCUUCUUGUAAUAAAGGUUGUAGAUUUGUACUGAAA